UUUCUAGAAACUGUUGUUUCUUAUCCGAGAUUGGUCAAAUCCCAAAGAAUACCACUUUGGCAGAGAUGGUGGCAUGAAACGCCUCAAAAAAUGCAUGGAAAUAUCCCCAAACCAAAGUAAAGAAAAUGUAGAUUUACGUAAAUCCAUUCAUCAGGUGUUUGAUACUAUAAUGUGUUUUCUUAUGCCUCGCCCAGGAGAUGAAAUUGUUGAGGGUGAGAGCAGUGGGAAAUUUAAAGACAUUGGUAACAGAUUUCAAGUGCAGAUGAAGGAAUUGGUGCAGCUUCUGUUUUUAGCAGAUGUGCCCGAACUCAAAAGAAUUGAUGGAAAAGACAUUACAUGUGAAAGCCUAUUCCAUUAUGUUAAGAGGUACAUUAAGGAUAUCACUGAAGGAAACAUGUUUGAAAUCACAUGCAUAGCUGAGGUGAGAACAUUUGGAAUUUAUUUCAUAACCAACGCCGACGUGACAUAUUAAGUAUUUUAAGGACCCCCUAUUAUAAGGCCUUUUAGAUUUAGAUAUUUUUGACCUGUGUGAUAUAUAUAUAUAUUUAAUUUAAUUUAAUUAAUAAUUAACAAAGAAAAUUAAAAGGCAGCACUCUGAAACUUAGAUGUUAUUUAUUCAACACAAGCUUUCGCUGGCAGUUAAUGUCAGUUUCAUCAGGUGUGUGAAGUAAAAAAUUGAAAACAAAAUUGAAAAGAGUUUAUGCAUACAUAAUUAGCAACAGCACAAUUAACCAAUUAGCAUGCAGUCGGAUACAAUGUAGUAUACAAUGAUCAGAGAUAACAAGUGUAAUCAAGCAACUUACUAUUCUACUAAUAAACAGAGCUAGGCAGAUAAAUUAUCUGUGCAGUCAUGGAGCUAUGAACAAUGGAGUUAGUAUAACAAACUACGUCUUAUCAUCUUAUAGUGGCUGAAGCCUACAUCUAUAUUGAGGCCAAUAUUAAUGCUAUUAAAUUUAUGAAUAAAUGUUUGUUCGGCAUUUAAUCU